AUGGAUCGCGUGACGUGGCGAACUCGAGUCCUCUCGAAUCAUCUCAACCAACCCUCAUGGAGCUCGAACCCUCUUUCCCCCAACCCCUGCCUCGGCUUUUCUCCUCCCGAGCUCUCGGAGCCCUUCGAAUUCGACACCAAGGAGAUGCGCAAGCUCCUCGACGCGCACAAUCUUGAGGACCGGGACUGGCUCUUCGGCCUCAUGAAGCAGAGCAAGCUCUUUAAUCCGAGAGAGGCUGGGGGCCGGGUGUUUAUCGCGCCGGACUACAACCAAAGCAUGGAGCAGCAGCGGCAGAUGACCAUGAAGCGAAUUGUCUACUUGCUGGAUCGCGGGGUUUUCAAAGGCUGGCUUACGGAUAAAGGGGUCGACGCCGAGUUGCGAAAGUUUGCGUUUUUCGAGGUUAUCGGGAUUUUUGAUCAUUCCCUUGCUGUCAAGCUUGGUGUCCAUUUCUUUUUGUGGGGCGGUGCCAUUCAGUUUUUCGGCACAAAGCGCCAUCACGACAAGUGGCUGAGUGACACUGAGAACUAUGCAAUCAAGGGUUGCUUUGCAAUGUCUGAGUUGGGCCAUGGCAGUAAUGUUCGAGGGAUUGAAACAGUCACCACUUAUGAUUCGAGUACUGGAGAAUUUGUUAUUAAUACUCCUUGCGAAUCAGCUCAGAAGUAUUGGAUUGGAGGAGCAGCUAAUCAUGCCACACACACAAUAGUCUUUUCACAACUCAGUAUAUCCGGGAACAACCAAGGCGUCCAUGCUCUUAUAGCCCAGAUCAGGGAUGAAAAUGGUAAUGUCUGUCCAGGAGUUCGUAUUGCUGAUUGUGGUCACAAAAUUGGCUUAAAUGGUGUUGAUAAUGGUCGAAUAUGGUUUGACAACAUUCGAAUUCCGAGGGAAAAUUUGUUAAAUUCAGUAGCUGAUGUUUCUCCAGAUGGGAAAUAUCUGAGUGCAAUAAAAGACCCAGAUCAGAGAUUUGCAGCAUUCAUGGCUCCAUUGACAUCUGGUCGUGUAACUAUAGCAGUCAGUUCCAUUUACUCAUCACAGAUUAGUUUAGCAAUAGCCAUAAGGUACUCAUUGACAAGGCGGGCCUUUUCUGUUACGCCAAAUGGGCCUGAAGUCCUAUUGCUUGACUACCCCAGUCAUCAACAGCGGCUUUUGCCUCUUCUUGCAAAGACAUAUGCUAUGACUUUUGCUUCAAAUUACUUAAAGAUGAUUUAUGUUAAGAGGACGCCUGAGUCGAGCAAAACCAUCCAUGUUGUUUCUAGUGCAUUUAAGGCUAUACAUACCUGGCAUAACAUGCGGACUCUUCAGGAAUGCCGCGAAGCCUGUGGAGGGCAAGGUAUCAAGACUGAAAACCGUGUUGGUCAUUUUAAAGGUGAAUUUGAUGUGCAGUCCACUUUUGAGGGGGACAACAAUGUUUUGAUGCAACAGGUCAGCAAAGCACUGCUUGCCGAGUAUAUAGCAACUCAGAAGAGAGGCAAACCAUUUAAAGCUUUGGGACUAGAGCAUAUGAAUAAACCUUGCCCUGUCAUUCCAUCUCAACUUACAAGUUCUACCCUCCAGUGUAGCCAAUUCCAGAUGGAUGCUUUCUGCUUAAGAGAGCGAGAUCUGUUGAAUAGAUUUGCUAUGGAAGUGUCACAACGUCAAAAACAGGGAGAAAGCAAAGAGUACUCGAUCAUUCUUAGUUAUCAGCUUGCAGGGGACCUGGGCAGAGCUUUUGCAGAUCGAUCAAUAUUGCAAACCUUCAUAGAUGCUGAGGCGGCACUACCUGCUGGUUCAUUAAAGAAUGUCUUAGCUCUGUUGAGGUCUAUGUACGCAUUGAUUUGCUUGGAAGAAGAUGCGGCAUUCCUCCGAUAUGGGUACUUAUCGACCAAUAAUGUCGCUGCUGUGAGGAAAGAAGUAAGCAGACUGUGUGGUGAAUUGCGGCCGCAUGCACUGGCCUUGGUGAGUUCCUUCGGCAUCCCCGAUGCUUUUCUGAGUCCCAUAGCUUUUAACUGGAUCGAUUCAAAUUCGUGGUCUUCAGUUGAGCAGCACUAG